ACGUCAGCAGCACUCGGCAGUCGCUGGGCAGUACCAGCAAAACCGACAGAAGCAAGUUGCUAUGGUUGUCAUCAAGGAAUACCGAGUGGUCUUGCCCUGUAGCGUUGAGGAGUAUCAGGUCGGUCAGCUGUUUUCUGUGGCAGAAGCAAGUAAAAAUGAAACCGGUGGUGGUGAAGGUAUAGAAGUUCUCAAGAACGAACCCUAUGAGAAAGAUGGCGAGAGAGGACAAUAUACACACAAAAUUUACCACCUAAACAGUAAAGUCCCAGGUUUUGUCAGACUCAUAGCUCCUGAAGGCUCCUUGGUUUUCCAUGAAGAAGCUUGGAAUGCCUACCCCUACUGCAGAACCAUUGUGACAAAUGAAUAUAUGAAAGACGGUUUCUUCAUUCAGAUUGAGACGUGGCACAAACCGGAUAUGGGAACACAAGAAAAUGUGCAUAAAGUCGAUAGCUCAAUAUGGAAGAAUGUUGCUGUUGUGCCCAUUGACAUUGCAGACAGAAGUCAAGUGUCUCCUGCUGACUACAAGCCUGAUGAAGAUCCAGCCAACUUCAAGUCUGUGAAAACUGGCAGAGGACCUCUAGAGCCAACCUGGAAGCAAGACUUGGAGAGUACAACUGACUGCCCAAAGAUGUGUGCCUACAAACUAGUCACAGUCAAGUUUAAGUGGUGGGGGCUUCAAACCAAAGUGGAGAACUUCAUCCAUGAGCAAGAGAAACGGAUCUUUACGAACUUCCAUCGCCAGCUCUUCUGUUGGAUUGAUAGGUGGGUGGACCUGAACAUGGACGAUAUCCGGCGAAUGGAGGCCGAGACUCAAAAGGAGCUCGAAGAGAUGCAUAACAAGGGUUCAGCAGGUACAAAGGGUUCAAGGAGUAUCAGGCCAGGUUUAGGUCUGCGUUGCUGUCUUCGCAAAAAGGGUGAAGUACGAGGAACCAGCGCUGCAGACCAAUGAAAAGCAACCGGAUUAAAAAUGGCCACCGUGUGUGACGCUGUCUGCUAAGAAUGCUCCUUUGUUUGCCACUUUUUACCUUAACUGAUUUUGGUUGCGGAGGAAGGAGCAUGGCUACCUGCAAUCAAUAGUGCAGAUCCCCUGACUUGACCCCAAUCAUAGAUGUUCUGACCAGUGAAAAUUGAUUUUUUUUUUUUCCCUUUUUUUUAUUUUAGAAAGCAAGAUGACCUGUCCUGAUGAGGCUGGUUAAUUUUGAUCAUCAUCAUGUAAACGAGACUUUAAAAAAUGAAAGAAGGUAUGUGUUGUAUAGAAUAAUACAAGCACAAAUUACUAAUCUAGGUACCACAGUAAGAGGACCAAAUGUCUACUUUUUUGUAUUUUAUAUAAAUUUUUUACAUUCCUGCGGAAGCGAUGUCAUGUGUGACCCUGUGCUGUCUUAACUGAAAGCUCCCCGUUCGUCAAAACUCAUGUUCCUUCCUGCCACAGACUCCAUUAAGUGAUUACUAACACCCUUGGCUCUCAUGCCCAUUAUAAUCCCCCCACCCCACCCCCACCUCACCUUAACUAAAGCACUGCAUCUUAUUAUCACUGACAAUCAUGCCUGUACAGGUAGGUAUUCACCGUCUCUCCUGUUCAGACUUGGUGGGGGGAAAAAAACACACACGCACUCAUCAGAACCUGAGGAUGAACGUGUGAACAGGCACAGGUGUGGAUACCUUUGCACUGACUUAUCUGUUACAAGCCGAAGCUGGGCAGAUCCACACAGGCUCGUUCACCUGAAGGAUGUUGGCGGCUUCCUGCAGACCCCCCCCUCCACGCCCCGCCUCACGCCUCCCCCGUCCUCGCUGUUCUGAAGACAUUCGUUCAUAACGCAGUGCAGCGUUCACCUCCUUAACAGAUGUCCCUAGAGGGGAAAAAGAAAAGUGCGCUGAAAAACACCCACAGAUGGUGCUACACCCCUCCAGCCAAACUUCACUGCGUUGAACCAGCCCACCUCCAAAGGCCGGCCAUGCUCAUCUGGUUUUCUAAGGAGAGAUUUAAAAAAAUAUAUAUUUUCUAAACCACACUUUCUUCUCCGGCUUCAAUCCGGUCGGUUGUGUUUACAGGUUCACGGUUGCUACAUUAGUGCCCAGUCGACACCAGCACCACGCAGCGCUCGCCUAAACCUUUUCUACGUUUUACAGCUCUGCCAGCUAGCGCUAGCUACCUCCCUCCUUUCUAACUGGCAGCUUUCCUGAUGCCCAAGGAUUACCAUUAGCCAUGAGCUGCUGCUGCUGCUUCCUGGGAGUAAAUCUUAGCAGAUAGAGCUUUUAUGAGUGACAGUAUUUGUGAUUAAUCUCUACUCCUGUUAUUCAGACGUGCCGUCGCAGCUAAGCAACUGCAGUUGCAAAAAAAAAACGUCCUCUGUUUUUUGUUACACCAAAAUGCAGCAGAUUUACACAUCAAUGUUGAACUAAUUUACCAUCUGAUCAGCAUCCAUCAUGUUUUCUCUUUAUAACAUGUGGAAUAAGCCCACUUUUGUUGUUACACACAUUAAAUAUACUUGAUUUACUCAUUUGAUCCUUGCUGAGUUUUAUGUUGUAGUUGUAUGUUAUAGUCUUAAAUUAUAGCUUUUCAGAACUAUUCUUUAUUUCUCAAAAUAGAAAUAACGGCCUAUUUUUAUGUAUCAAGUUUUUUUAAAUUAUUUUAUCUGACAAUGUUACAUCAAGUUCUUUUUGUCCAAAGAGUAAAAGUGCAAAUUUGUCAUGUUUACAUGUUCUCCAAUCAUUAUAGGAAAUUUGAAGCCAAUAACAAUCUGUGUAAUACAAUAAAAUUUUCUCAGGUGAAUGAAAUGACUUGGAGCUUUAAGACGAUGUUUCUCUCACUUCCAAAUAUAACAAGAUGAUUCUGAUAUUGAUAACCUGUAACUGCCACUGUCUCAAAAUAUGCAAAUAAGGAGGAUAUGUAGGCUGUACCUAUUGUUUCCAACUAAAUCAGAAUGGUUUCUGACAGAGUCCCAUAAAUGUAUGGGCUGUGGAGAUGACAUAAGGACAUAGAUGAAGGAACUGUAUCUCAUAAUGUAUGAAAUCCACAACUGUCACAGGCUUUUACACCGUUUUAUUCAGAUUGUGAAAAUCGGGUGAAUGUAUGAACUAUCGUGCCUUUUUCUUCUCUAGAAAUCUUGUGUAUUAGAUAUGCAUAUUUUAUCCAGUCAUCAAUAAAUUUUGUUUCUAAAUGACA